UGGUACAAAGAUGGCGGACAAGGACAGUUCGAGUAAGGAGAAUCCUUUCUCCUUUAAAACGUUUGUAAAAUCGAAACAAGAAACUGAGACCACAACAAGUAAGAUAAAAAAAGACAAACAUAAAUCAAAAAGUUCUCCCGCAAGUGUACGAAAGAGGGACAGCUCCACAGAUGAACCGCCUUUUCCGGAAGUCAGCAGACAAGUCAAUGAAGAAGGUGAUGAUGGCAAUGACCAAGGUGUAGUCAAUCCCUUUUCAUUCAAGAAUUUCCUCUCAGAUGACCUGGCAUCAAGAAAUAAGCGUGUGUUGCAGAUAGUUGAUGAUGAAGUACGUGAAGUGAACACAGAUCAGGAUAAUGGAAAAAGAAAUGGAACCAAAAGUCAAGAAUUAAACAGGGAAACUGCUGCCCAAAGUGACAGUGGCUCAGAGACAGAGGAUGAGAGUGAGUUAACAAGUAGCCUUGAGUCACCAAUGAGUGGGAGUAUCAACUACUUUGUAGCUUCUCUAGACAGCUCUGAGACUCAAGAAAAGAUCAUUGAAGAAAUGAAUCAGUUGAAAGAGGAAAAUGAGAAACUGAGAAGAGAGUUACAGGAAUCCAACCAAACUGUGGAUAAAGAAAAGAAGAGAAUUAUAAGUUUGCAAAAGAAACUUGCAAAGAUUGAGAAAAGAGAGGCAGAUGAAACUGCAGCUUUAGAAAAUAUGGUGCAAAUGGUGGAGAAAAAUUUAGAAUUGACUACGCAAAGAGCUCUCAGAGCUGAAGCUACAGUUGCAAAAUUGAUGGAAGAAGUUAAUAUAUUAAAGACAGAGUCUGUUCCCAUAGCAACAUAUAACCAGCUGUUAGAUGCCAAUCAUUAUACAAUGACAGCUGUCAAAGAUAAAUCAAAAGCUGCUGCUGAUCAGAUGAACAUAGCAGCAAAAAAUGCAGAGCAAGCAGUAAGGCAACUGCUUACUGGAGUGGACACGCUGAAGUUCAUAUCACAACAGCUUGAGUCUAUUGAUAGAAUAACAGAUGUUCAUGUUCAUUCAGAGAAGAGUUAACCCUUUACACCCUAACAUUAGUAUCCAUAUUUUC